UUGACAUUUCUCAUUCAGCCGAAAGCAUCGGAUUCAAUUAAAAUCUGUAUUUGCUCUUCACUUUUGAAAUAGUUCUUGAAUAUUCUUUGUUUCUAACGUUUUAUCCUUGAAAAGUGUUUUUAAGUUCUUUUGUGAAAAAUGGGUUAUCUGAAAGUGUAUAUUUUCUUAGCGGUAACUUGCAGUUCUGUAAUAAUAGGUCAAGGAGGCAUAACGACAAAGAAACCUGAUUUAAUUGACCUACCGGCGAGCGUAGUACCUUUAAAAAGUAUAUCCGAUGCCGCCCCCUCAGUCGAUGUGAUAGGGCCGUCACACGAGCCUCAGCAAUCGUCGAGCUCGCAACCUGACACCACAACGGCAUCGACUACGAGCACAACCAGCUCUAUCACAACAACUUCCACCCCUGCGCCCACAACUACAACAGAACCAGCUCCAAAUACCACCACAGUGCCAACCACCACUGUGACUCCUGCCCCAGAGCCGAAGCCGACACCAGCUCCGGGACCGCUCCCACGGCCCACUCAGGGCACCUGGUUCUACACAGACCAAAGCACAAAUGUAACAUGCAUUCUUGUGCAGUUUGCUGCUCAGCUCAAUAUUACAUACCCCAAGAAUAACACGUCAUCCCUGGGCUACGCUCUCCUCAAUGUGCCAGCGAACGCGUCCGUGGUGGACGGUAACUGCAACACGACAUCGCAGCAGCUAACCCUGGCCUGGGCGGACGGCAACCACACCCUCACCAUGCACUUCCUCGCCAACGACACCACCAAGACGUACCUCCUCAACAGUCUUAACAUCACCAUCUCACCGGAGAUACUCGUCAACUCUUCGCUGUCCCGCCGUGUGGAGGUGUGGCACGGCGCUGAGUGGGCGAUGCCUCUGAACACGUCGUACCGGUGCGCGGCUGACACUCAGCUCAACCUCACCGCGGAGGUGACCAGCGUCGCCGCAACUCUCACACUGUCUCAGCUCCAGGAGGAGGCUUUCCGCACGCAACAUAACAACAACAGUUUUAGCUCAGCGCGCGAGUGCGGCUCGCCGGACUUGCCGGACGCGGUGCCUAUUGCGGUGGGCUGCGCACUCGGCGGACUCGUAGUCGUAGUCCUCAUCGCCUACCUCGAGGGUCGCCGUCGCUCCGCCGCACGCGGAUACCUCUCUAUGUAAAAGUUGAUGACAAAUCGUAACGUAGUAAAUAAAACAAAUAUAGAUAAAAAAAUAAAUAUAUAAUAUAAUUCGUUGCAUCGCAUUCACGACACGCGACAUUGUGCGGGUGUUGCCAUCAUCAAUACAUUUGCUCAAAAUUAAAUUGAACAUCGGUAGUGUUAACUAAAAAUGUGGACAUUUCAGCUUUUACUGAACUUAACUUAUUGCUAUAUACAAAUUGUUUUAACUCUAGAAUAUAGUAAAAAAAAUCUAGAACUGUUUGGGGACUAAAAAAAUGGCAAUUAAGUUGAUUUCUAGAGUUUAAAUAAUUAUGUAUUCUAGUAAAAAAAAUAUUCUGCUUUUUGUAAUCUUGUCCAUGUUAAUUAGAAAUUACUACAUCUUUGUCUUUCCAACUAAGUUUUGUCAUUUUUGUUAAAAAAAAGCUAAAUUAAUUUUGUUUGAUUUUUUUUGUACUUUUUAUAUCUGUCGAAGUCAAAAACGCCGGCGAGUUGCAACAACGAAGUCAAUACAAUUU